AUGGAGGCAGAUGUGGACGAAGAACUUCCGAGUCAAGCGCCAAAAGAUGGACAGGGCUCUUCGGGUUCGUCUACUACGGCGGAUCGGGUUGUACGCGUCGAGAAUUUGGAGGAUGGAGAGAUUUUUGAAGAAGGAGCUGCUCCGAAGCCAGCAAUUGAGGUCCAACGAGCGAUUAUGCUUGAGCAACAGGGUGAUGCGCACCCGGUAGAUCCGAUGGAGAUUCGUCUUCAUCUCCGAAAUAAGAAGCAAAAGAAGCGCGGCAAGAAGAAGACGAAGCGGAAGCUGGAGGCAAUGCAGAUGAUGGAUACGCCGCCAGGUGAAAUGGAGGUUGAAUUCGAACGGGUGACGCGCCAACGCCCCUUUGGAGACGCACCACCACCAGGCCCAUUUACAUAUGCAAUGAUGAGAAACGGUCCAAGAGGUGAGCCAGUGAAUGUGCGACCCGUGUUUCAAGAUCCACCUCCAGCUUCAUUUCACCCUGGAGGAAUCCGAAUUCUCCGCGUGAACCGUCAGGGCAGUAUGGAAAUGCUCGAU